AUGAGUGGUAGAAGGAGGGCCGAGUCACUGAAGGGCUUAACGCUUCCAAAAUAUAGUCGACCUCAAACUGAAGAAGAGAUGGCCUCGAUGCAUAACUAUAGAGACAGUGGCAUCCUUCUACUCUCUUUGACUCAAUCUCGACAAGCUUGGACAAGUUCUAUUUUAAAAAAGUUUUCUAGCAAGCAAGAAGUUAUUUAUCAACCCAAAUUACCGGAAUAUACAAAUCCAAAUGCGAUUGUUUCACUACUAGGAAAAUGUCAUAUUACUAUAGGACCACACACUUUUUACGAUACUAAAAUUUAUGAGGCCGUAUACGAAAAAGAAAUGCCGAACCCAGAUAUUCAGGUUGGAAAUUUUCAAAUCCAGCAACCAACACAAUUGGGAUCGCUCCAAUCUCCAGCACAACAGCAAACGCAAUCAAGUGCACAAAGCUUAACACAAACACCACCAUCAGUUAUACAGUUGCCGUUACAACAGCCUUUGCCUGCAACUCAUACACAACAAUCGUCUCAGGCGAAAACUCCUACGAGCGGUACAUCUUCUACAUCUUCUCCCACAAAUUUGAAUACCAGUACACCAAAAGUUCCACCACAAGCUACGCCGCAACUCACUGCGUUCAUGCAAACAGUACUUCAAUCUGUUAAUCCAACACAAAUAUUGGCCAUCCAAGAACAUUUGCGCCAUCCUCAGGUGGCAGCUCACAUGUCUAUAGAGCAAAAGAACGCGUUGAUCAGUCAGUUAACGAUAAUCCAUCAGUUAUUAACAUCAACACAAAUAGCUCAACAGAAAACUCAACAGCAAACAGUUCAUUCGCGAACACAGUCUCCUGCGAUGAGAGUUAGACAAGUUGUUAGGCACGAGGUUCUGUUGGAAUUUAAGGAAACUAAAAAUGAUAAAUGGUUGUUUCCAAAGGAUGCAAUCUUGGAAGCUUUGUCAAUGUCUGAACCCUAUGAUGUACUUGCUUCAUUUUAUCUUCCUCAAAACGAAGAUACAUCUGGAUCUAAACAGCAACAUCAGCCUGUCACGAUGCAUAUGACUAAUAUAACGCAACCGAUGUUGGAUGCGUUAAAAAAAGCAACGAAUGAUGUAACUACUGUCUUCAAAUCAAUGGCCGCAAAGGUGAACAAGCAACCUAAUCGUGUUUACUUACAAUACUGUUUACCCUGUGAUUAUCCGGAGGACUUACUAGAGGCAAUUGGACAAAAAGUUGCUAAAUUGGACGGAACCACGAUCGUCGAUAACAUAACUCCGCCAAAGGAAAAGAAACAACCUGCGACUAAAAAGCAAAAGCCUAGAAACGGUGAAGGUAGCAAAGCAGCGUCAAGAACAUCAAAUUCUGCUCCAAAAAAGGCAAAAACAGUUCAUGAUGUUGCUUCUGUAACGCCUGUUCCAACUUCUGGAUCCAGCGGAGGUAACAAACGGUGUGCUUAUUGUUUUUGUAAGAGUACUCCUAUGUGGAGAAGAGGUCCUGAUGGUGCUGGGACUCUUUGCAAUGCCUGUGGUGUGAAAUGGAAACAAGGGAAGAUAUUGCAGGGUACUAAUACCAAUCGUGCUACUGAAUCCAAUGGCGACUCUAUGACAGUUGCACCAAGUCCUAAGUCCAGAAAAUAUUCAUUAUCAGCAGCAUGCACUCCUGCAACUGCAACCACAACCGCAAAAACUAAAAAGAAGCCCGGACGAUCACUUUCAAUGAGUGAAGGUGCGUUAUCACUUACUGAUGAUGAUGAAAACCGAGAUAAAAAUCUUGGCAAUACUGGAGAAAAUUUAAAUACAGAGGCACAAAAAAGUGGUAGUGGUAGAAGGGCAUCUACGUCGUCAAAGAAAAAUAGUUUCAAAGACCCAGAAUCACCGGAUAUUGUAUCCAGUCCAUCACGAUCACCACAAUACCCAUCCGUAUCUAAUGCAAUACCAACAUCUCGUACUUCUACUACAGCAUCUACGUCAACAACAAAUUCUCCAACCAUAGUAGGAGGUGGCGGCGGAUUUCCAAUAAAUUUAAAAUUAAAUUCAAUCUCGUUUGGCUCAUCAGGAAAUAAUUUGAUCGGAGGAAAUAAUAAUAGUAAUAAUCAACAAGGUGGAAACUAUUAUUUCUCUCAACCCAAUUGUAAUGCACAAGUUUUCGAAGAUUGUUUAAAAAUAGGAUUAGAAAAAGAUGGGUACGAAAAAACCGCAAUUGAUAUUUGGAAAGAAAACAUUGAGUUUUUAAAUUUUGAAAAUGAAAGAGAUUUGGCUACUGGAAUUCCCUUGCUUUCCGUUCAGGCAUAUGUUUCUCAGCAUGUGAAUAGGUUCGAUCAAGAAUUAUUAAAUCCAGAUCAUAAUAAUACACUAGUAACGUUCAAUUUUAUAAAUUUGAAUGUUAACUUUAGGCCUACUACUACAAUGAUUGAAAAUAAUGGAUAUAGCAAUGAUAUAUUUAGAAGUGGCGAAAGUAGAGACCUUAAAACAUUUUUAGAGAAAUGGGUAGCUUCAGGGAUUAAUAUUACAAAGUAA